AGCUUGUUAUAUCAAAAUAGUGUUGUGGAAUCGCAACAGUGAACAUUGAACAGCUGUUAGUUGAUACCCAAAAAUAAUUUCUAGUAAAAUUUACAUUCCUUUUACAUUAUAAUAUUUAAGUACAAAUUGAAGAUAAAACAACGAAGGCGAAGAGUUUUCAAUUUUUAUUGGUGUCAUCCAUAUUAAAUUAGUCGAUAAAUAUUGAACAUUUUGCGGAUACAAUAAAAUAUUUAUUAAAUAGUAGUACAAUGGAAUUCUCUAUAAAUUUGUUUACACUGAACUGUUGGGGUAUCCCUAUUGUAUCCAAAAAUCGUAAGGAGAGAAUUGAAGCAAUUGCUAAGUAUUUACUUUCCGGUGAUCAAGAUAUUGUAUGCCUUCAAGAAGUAUGGAGUGAAAAUGAUUAUCUUUAUUUGAAAGAGAAUUUAAGUAGUGUACUGCCAUAUUCACACUAUUUCUAUAGUGGAGUUCUUGGUUCAGGACUAUGUGUGUUCUCUAAGUGGCUUAUAAAAGAUGUUUUCUUUCAUCAAUGGCCGUUGAAUGGUUACAUUCACAAGAUACAUCAUGGAGAUUGGUUUGGCGGAAAAGGGGUUGGUCUUUGUCGCAUUAAAUAUUUGGACAGAUUUAUAAAUGUUUAUUGUACACAUUUGCAUGCUGAAUACCAUGAAGAUGACAUUUACCUAGCCCAUCGAGUGUUGCAAGCUCAUUCGACUGCUGAGUUUGUGAACCUCACCUCUUCUCCAGCUGAUAUAUCUAUUCUAGCUGGUGAUUUUAAUACAGCUCCUGGAGAAAUAUCGUUUAGAUUAAUAACUCAAAUAGCAAAUCUUAUGGAUCCAUGUGAUGUAGAGUCAAUUGGGGAUACAGCAAAGACGAUAAAAGCUUUGGGGACCUGUGAUAAUAUUAACAAUAGUUACUCCAACCCGAAAAUGACAAAGACCUGUCCGGAAGGAAAGAGAAUUGAUCAUAUACUGUUCCAUGUGAAUUCGGGAUGGGAGGCCGAAGUCAUCAGUGUCAAGAAUCCGCUACCAGAUAGAGUACCAGGACAAGAAUUUUCAUAUUCAGACCACAACGCUGUGUCACUCGAGUUGAAGGUGAAGGCAAAUGCCAAGAACAAGGACCGGCCUAAAAGCAUAUACGACAAAUAUGAUGACACAGUAGUGGAAGCAAUAAAAAUCUGUAAAGAAGCGAAAUUAACUGUGGUCAAAUCGAGGAAGUUAUUUUUGAUGACCGGUGGUCUUAUUUUCAUGUUUUUGAUUGGUUCGGUUGGGUAUUGGCCGAACAAUGUUUUAGUCGAUAUGGUUAAAAUAUUUAUGACCGGAAUUUGUUUUUAUUAUAUUGUUAUGGGGACGAUUUGGAACAGAAUCGAGAUGAAUAGUCUUAAAGCCGGGUUGUCAGCAUUAGAAAAUUUCCAAAAUAGUCGUUUAAGUGAUAAUUAGUUUUAGUUAAAAUAUUGAUUAAAUUAAUUUAAUAGGUGCAAUUUAAUUUAAUUUAUAUUACGUUUUAAUCAGACUUCCAAAUAAUUUUUAUUUUAUUGUUCUUCCCUUAGUACAAAUAUACAUAAAAAUCUAAGUAUACAUGAUUUUGUUUGUUCUUUAGCAUUGUUUGUAGUUUAUAAAUGUCAUUGCAGCAGCCUCUCCAAUGUAUGGGAUCUGCUAUUAAUAUUAAAGCUAAUAGGUACAUUAAUGGAUCCUUUAUCGAAAUCAGUUUUAAUAAUAAAAAAAUAAAGGAAAAAUUUGCAAAAAUCAAAUAAUGUACCUACAAAAUUAUUUUUUUGGAUUUGAAUAUUUGAAAUCACAGAUAAUUCAAUAAGUACAGUAUUUCAAUACGUAAUUACGCAUAAUGCAUUUAUCAGUACUUACAACCUAUUGUUUAGAAUGUAAUUCUUACUAGUCUUAAAGACAAAUUUGCCUUAUACAUUAAUACAUGAGGCUCAUAUGAGUGAGUCUAGUACAUACCAAAAAUUGUGAUAUUGAAUACAUACUCUUUGUAUGUUUGUUUUAAAAAUUAAAAACCAAUUCUUA